AUGGUUAAGUCUCAGUGCUGUGAGAAGGUGGGAUUAAAGAAAGGGCCAUGGACUCCUGAAGAAGACCAGAAGCUCUUGGCUUACAUUGAAGAGCAUGGGCAUGGAAGCUGGCGAGCUUUGCCUGCGAGAGCAGGACUUCAAAGAUGCGGGAAGAGUUGUAGACUUAGGUGGACUAACUACCUUCGGCCUGAUAUCAAGAGAGGAAAGUUUAGUUUGCAGGAAGAACAAACAAUCAUUCAGCUACAUGCUCUUCUUGGAAACAGGUGGUCAGCCAUAGCUACUCACUUGCCGAAAAGAACCGAUAACGAGAUCAAGAAUUACUGGAACACACAUCUUAAGAAAAGAUUAGACAAGAUGGGCAUUGAUCCUAUGACCCACAAGCCAAAAGCUGAUUUUUUUGGCUCAGGAAAUGGCCAUUCUAAAGGUGCUGCCAAUUUAAAUCACAUGGCUCAAUGGGAGAGUGCGCGGCUUGAAGCCGAAGCCAGAUUGGUCCGCGAGUCAAAGGUAACUAUACCUAGUCCUUCCCCAAACCGACUCGGCUCCACAGGUUCAGCUCAAGUCUCCAACAAAACUAGUGUAGCUCCACCACCUAGACCGCAGUGCCUUGAUGUACUCAAAGCAUGGCAAGGGGUAGUUUUCAGCAUGUUCUCGGCCGGCAGCAGUGACUCUCUCGAAUCUCCAACAUCCACAUUAAAUUUCUCAGAAAAUGCAUUAGCUCUCCCACUCAUUGGAGUUCAGAAAAAUUCAACCGCCACAGUAGGUUUUGCCACAAAUAAUGCUACGUGCAACGAAGGGACCAUAGCCAGCGAAUUUAAUAGCGGAAAUCAGUUCGAGUGCUUUGAAAAAUUGAAUGAAACAGCACAAGUUAAGCAAAAUUUGGACAGUUCAAUGGAAUUGGAUGAAAUAAAUCCGUAUGCUAGUGACAAUAAUGCGUGGUUUGUUGGCUCUGCAGCGAAUGAAAAUGCACCUAUGGGAAACAUCAUUGAAGGACUUUCGGAAAUUUUGGUCUGUAAUUCUGAUCAGGACCACAACGCGUCCUUUGCUGGAGAGAAUAUAAAUGAUAGCUGUGGUGGGAAUCUUGAAGAGAACAGAAAUUAUUGGGAUAGCCUACUCAAUCUGGUGGAUGCUUCUCCAACAGGGUCACCUGUGUUUUAA